UGAUGCCAUAUUGGACACACACAUACACACACCGCUCCUGCUUCAACCAGAACACCGGAUCACUCAAUUCAGAUAGACGGAAAAAACUCGCUUAAGGCAUGGAUUGUGUAGAGGAGGAGGUGGAUUUUAACUGGGAGGAGUACCUCGAAGAAACUGGAGCCACUGCCGCCCCUCACACUUCAUUCAGACAUGUGGAGCUCAGUCUUCAGAGCAGUUUUCAGCCUGGAAUGAAGCUUGAAGUAGCUAAUAAGGGCAGUUUGGAUACAUAUUGGGUGGCCACCAUUAUAACCACAUGUGGUCAGUUGCUAUUGUUACGCUACUGUGGCUAUGGCGACGACCGCAAGGCUGACUUCUGGUGUGACGUCAUGACAGCCGAACUUCAUCCUGUCGGCUGGUGCGCUCAGAACAACAAAACGCUUCAGCCACCUGAAGAUAACGUUUACCUCAGAGCAGCUAUUAAAGAGAAGUACAGUGACUGGACUGAGUUUCUCAUCAAAGAGCUCACAGGUUCACGGACAGCACCGGCAAACCUGCUUGAAGGGCCAUUAAGAGGUAAAAACACAGUGGAUCUGAUUGUGGUAGGCUGUAUUUUGGAGGUGCGUGAUGCCUUUGAACCCAGCGUGUACUGGGCGGCACGAGUCCAGUGUAACGUCGGUGGACGUUUAUGCCUCAGCUAUGUUGGAUUAAAUGACUCAUCCGACGACAUGUGGAUGUUCUACCUUGACACCAGGCUCCGCCCCCUAGGCUGGGCCAAAGAGAAUAAUCUAUCAUUGAAACCACCCACAGAUCUGUGUGAUUUGAGGAGCAGCUCAGAAUGGACUGAAGCUUUAGAUGAAGCCACAACUGAAACCUUGAAAAGUCCCCUUCCUCUGGAGGUCUUCAAGGAUCACGCUGACCUGAGCACACACUCCUUCAGGGCAGGAAUGAAGCUUGAAAUGGUGUCACCCAAGGAACCCUUCCACAUCUGCCCUGUGUCUGUAACUAAAGUCUAUAAUGAAUACUACUUUCAGAUCAGAGUUGAUGACCUCACAGCUGAAGCCACGCCCACUCGUGCGGUGUGUCACGCUGACUCACCGGGCAUCCUGCCAGUGCAGUGGUGUCUGAAGAAUGGUGUUGGACUGGAGAGGCCACAAGGUUUUGAGUCACAAGACUUCGAUUGGGCGGACUAUCUCAAACACACUGGCGCUGAAGCCGCUCCAGAUGUGUGUUUCCCAAACGCGUCUCAGAGCAGGGGCUUCUGUAAGGAUAUGUGGCUUGAAGCCGUGAAUCCACUCCAACCUUCCGAACUCUGCGUCGCUCGCAUCACUCAGGUCAAAGGUCGGCUACUCUGGCUCAGACUGGAAGGUCUGACUAAGCCGCAACCAGAUUGCAUAGUGGAUGUUGAGAGCAUGAAUAUCUUCCCUGUGGGCUGGUGUGAAGCUAAUGGCUAUCCGCUAACACAUUUACUAAAGACAGUCUGUUUGCCUCAGAAGAAGAUUGCCGUUGUUCAGCCUGAGAAACAGUUGGCCCCCUCACAGCCUCCUGAUGCCCCUCUUAACCUGUGCUCAUCCAUGGAUACAGGUUUGGUGAAUGGAAAAUACUGUUGUUCCCAGCUCUUCGUCAACCACCACUGUUUCUCUGGUCCGUAUCUCAACAAAGGCCGAAUCUCUGAGUUACCAAAGGCCGUUGGGCCCGGAAAGUGUGCUGUAGUCCUCAAAGAGAUUCUGAUGAUGUUAAUAAACUCAGCAUAUAAACCCGGCCGUGUGCUCAGAGAGCUGCAGAUGGUGGAAGACCCACAGUGGAACUGUCAGGAGGAAACCCUGAAAGCCAAAUACAAAGGGAAAAGCUAUCGGUCCACCAUGAGGAUCGUCCGAACAGCAGAUCAAGUGUCGGAGUUUUGUCGUCGAGUAUGCGAGCGACUUCAGUGUUGUCCGAAUCUUUUCGGUCCAACAAUCGUGUCCGACAAGUGCCCUGAAAACUGCUUCAGUCAGACCAAGACCAAAUACACAUAUUACAAGAAGAGGAAAGUUGGACGCCCAAGUUUAGGGGAGAAUGCACAGGACGGUGACAUGACCAAACCAGCACGACGCCGAAAGAAACGCAAAGCCAUCUUUGUCCAGAAGAAACGACGCACUUCCAUUGUGGGAUACCACACCACAGAGUCACCUCAGGAUAGCGAUUAUUACUAUGAUGAUGAGGAAGAAGAUUUUGAGGAGUGGGGCAGUGAAGUGAGUUCCAGCUCACCGCGUGAGGAGGCCUCUGCCCACUCCUUCAAGGACAUCCCGAGGAGAGGAAGACCACCGCGCCGUGCUGCUCUUCAGCGCAGGGCGACCCAUCCAGGGCCAGAAACCACCGACAGAUCCUCUCCCAGAAGAACCACACGCUCUGUUUCUUACAGCCAGAACCAGACGGCCAAAAACACACACACAAAGACUGAGAGAUUUGAAGAGGAAGAUCGUCUGGUGUUAGAGAGGAAUCCUCUGGAAUGGAGCGUCUCUGAUGUGGUUGACUUCAUCACAUCCACAGAUUGUGCCUCUCUAGCAAAGAUAUUCCAAGAGCAGGACAUUGAUGGACAGGCCCUGUUGCUGCUGACCCUUCCUACAGUCCAAGAAUGUAUGGACCUAAAGCUCGGCCCCGCCAUCAAACUCUGUCAUCAGAUCGAGCGAGUCAAAGUGGCCUUCUACUCCCAGUUCGCUAACUAAGCUAACCUUCUUGGCGGACAUAAAUCAACAGACACCUAUGUAUUGUGCUCAGGGGAUAUAAAGAGUCAUUCCAUCUGUCAGGAAACCUCAGGUUGCCUCAUACCGAAUGGAUUUUUUUCGAUAUGAGAUUUAGUCAUGGAAUAUGACAUAAUUUCUGCUUCCCUGCUAAAGAAAACUGCUGAAGGUUGCUGGUUUUAGCUGGUUUGAGCUGGUCUACCUGGUCUCCCAGCCUAGUCAAACUGACCUUUAGAGGAUUUAACUGGAUGGCCAGCUGGUCAAGUACCAAAAACCUCUUUAAAACAACCUUCCACUCUUGAAAAUAAAGGUUCCAA